GCGGUCUGUUCCACAAUUUGUUGCACCGAUCGCAACAACAGAUGACGAAGCUGCAGUGAAGGGUGAUGAUGGCACCGGUGGAGGGGCGGCCCGUGCUGUGCUGGCGAAGACGCAGACCGCAAUAAGAAAGUGGAUUGACAACGACGCACAAAAGAAGUUGGACAUUGCGUGGGCAGAAGCAAUGUUCAGGGCUGGAAUUGCUUUCAACUUCUUGAACUUCGACACCGCGCAGGCUCUUCACGAUGCUUACUUGGAGGUUGCCAAUGCAAAGUCGAAGGUGAAAAUGCCUACCUACAAGCAUAUGCGGACUGUCAUGUUGGACUACAUCUUCCUGAAGGUCCAGAAGUCAAUCAACCCCUUGACUGCUUGUUGGGACAAAACCGGCUGCACAUUCAUCACAGACGGAUCGACAGAUCGGAAGAACCGUCCAGUCAUGAAUUUCCUAGCAGCGGGGGAGAAAGGAGCAGUUCAAGUGUCCACGGUUUACAUGACUGGGAGGAAGAAAAACGCAGCAGCAUUGGCAAAGUUGUGGGAGAAGGUGAUGCAGGAGAUCGGGCUCAAACGGAUCAACGCGAUCUGCACAGACAACGCUGAGGUCAACAAGAAGGCAGGGCAGAUCUUGGAGAGGCGGACCGACAAAGACGUUGCAAGGAUACCGUGGGUGCCAUUUGGAGCGCAUUGCUGCAAGGUCCGCUUUGGGCCGGUCUACCAGAUGCUGCAGAGGCUGGCAAACAGGAAGGAAGUGUUGAAUGAGAUGGUGGACGGAGGUUGUGCAGCGAAGUGGCGGGCAUUGAGAUGGUCGGGAGAGAAGCUGCAGAAAAAAGUCGACCUUGUCUACUACAUUGUGAGGUCAGAGAGUUGGUGGGCCAUAGUCAGGAAAAUUGUGGCAAUUAUGGAGCCGGUGUACAGCCUCCUCAAGAAGAUGGACAAGGAAGGAGUUUCUCCCACCAACCUCGUGCAUCUCUCGGAGUUCAACGAUCUCAUUGCGAGGAAAUUAGCAAACAUUGUACUCACGAAGAAGGAGAGGGAGGAUGUGAUGGACAAGGUCAAGGACCGUGUGCAGAUGAUGCGGCAGCCCGUUCAUGCAGUUGCGUUUUUGUUGGAUCCACGGAGGAGAGACCCGGGCUGGCUCAACGAUCCGGACAGUGCCCUCGUGCAAAACGCAAUGCGCUUCUUCUGCAGGCAGAUCGGAGCGGAGUGGGAUUCGAAGCCGCACAUGGACAUUUGGGAUCAUCUGUACGAGUUUUUUAGAGAGCCUGUGGAAGGGGAAGUCAGGACAGAUGAACACAUCUGGACACCAAUCGUCAUCAACGUGUUGGGAAUGUGGAGCACGGCGACACCCGCGGAGCGGAACUGGGCAUUGAUGGACUUUGUCCAUUCGAAGCGCAGAAACAGUCUCUCGCCAGAGUCCUUGGAGAAGCUGGUUUACAUUCACUGGAACAUGCAGUUGCUGCGCGUUCCAAAUAGCAAGGACAAUGGCUACGUCAAUGUGUGGGGAUCCUUCUUCGAGCCAUUGAUGGAGCCAGCAGCGAAAGAUGGAGCUGUCGAGGACGCCAUGGAGGAUGAGACAGCGGACAAUAUCGAGGAGGAAAAGAGGCUAAAGAGACUGAAGAAGACUCCAAAAGACCGGAUUCCGAAGAGCCUGUUGGAUGACGACUCAAGUGGGAGCAGCGAUCUUGAGGAUCUCGUGUGGAAGGGGAAGUGUUGGAACGAGUCCACUUCCGAGGAGAGUGACAGUGAGGAUGACAUUGGGGAGGACUCAGAUUUCGAGUUGGGGGGCAAGUCGGCGGUGCCAGCCACUAUGUACGUCGGUCAGAGGCUCAGGGGGCGAGAGAAGGAGGCAGAGGUGUUGCCUUCCGAGGCCAUCAACAGACUGGACACUGAUAUCGAGUUCUUGGUGCACCCUACACCUGAUGCAGAGAGGAGGAAGCAGCUCGGGCCAAGGCUAUGCCAGAUAGGGAUGCCGCUUUGGUUCAGAGGCGGAUGUGUGAGGAGGAGGCUCGCUGUGCUUCUGUCCCCACCCAGAGGGAGAGAGAGACGGAGCAAACAGGUCAGCCAACAUGAGGAGCAGCAUAGUGAUGAAAAGGAUGAAAGGGUGGACAACAUGGAGGUAGAUGAGGCUGCCAUGCGUGCAGAACAUGAAGGGAGUUUGCAGCAUGCGGGAGUGGAUAUUGAAGCACCUGGAGGAAAAAUAUGUGCAGCAAGGAGAAAAAAGUUUGCCACGAGAGGGGGGUGAUAUGAAGGAGGAUGCGGAAAAAACUCAGCAGCAAGACGGGGAGGAACUGGAGCAACCAGUACCACCAACGGUUCACGCACGAAGACCCCGCCCAACGGCACUGCAGCAGCCUGCACCGCAAGAGCCGCGUGAGCACCAGCAGCCUGUGGCUGCGGAGCAGCCAGAAAUCUCGGAUCAACGAUGAGAGGAGCAGCGGUCCACUCGGGCAGACCCCGUACCCAGCACAGAAUGAGGAUGCCCAACACGACAACAUCUGGAAAAGCAGGACGGGGCGAAAGAGGAAGGCUCCGGUGAAUGAAGUCCCCACACCACA